AUGCGACACUGGGCUGCUCUAGUAAUCAUCAUUCUGCACGAAAUUUCACAUAUCAUCCGCCGUGUAGAACUUCCCAUCACCAAUAAUGUAAUGAGUUCUACAACACCAGCAAAACUAUUAAAUGGGAGAUUGAUAAAAGAGGCUGGAAAUCAAUUGGAAAUUUUAUUAUUCGGAAAUGUUAUCAAGUCUAUUGGUGAUCUGGAUUCAAUAUUUCUAUUGAAAUCAACAAGUUGGAAUAUACCAACAAUUGAAGAAUUUCACAAGCAGUUCACAGAUCACAUCGAAGAAGAUAUUCGACAACAACCAAACAACGAUGAAUCAUAUCGAUUAACAAUGCCGGGCAAAUGUGGUGAUCUUGAUCAUUCGAACGACAACAAUCAACAAUACAAUGAUCGAAUAAAUAUUGGAAAUUGUGCUACAAGUAUCUGUCAACCACGUUCAAACUUAUCAUUUGAAGGUUAUCCAACAACAAGUAUUUUAUGUACUAAUAAAAUAAAUCGAUGGAUUUAUCAAGGAACUGAUGCUACACUAUUAAAUCAAUUGAUAAUAUUACCAAUUCAAUUAUGGGGUUUAGUUAUUCAAACAAAUACUGAUUUAUCUUCAGUAUUUAAACAUAUCUCUGUCAUAUUUGUAAAUAAAUCUUCUCAAUAUGAUCCAUCAUCUGAUCGAAUUCGUGCUUGUUCUAUGUCUAUUGCUUGA